AUGAAUAUUGUGUCAAAAUUGUACUCUUUGGUACAUUUUAAGAAAGUCAAGCCUCCACGAUCACCUAUUGAAAUAAUACUUUCACCUAAAAUCAAUCACGAAUAUGUCGAAAUCACUCUUCCUAGUCCAGUCAGCACUAGCCAGGAUUUAUGUCCAAUACAAGUACCAAUCGACCACGAUUGUGAAAUAGAGUCUUCGACGGAGGAAUUAGUUUCUAAUAUGACUAAUGUCAACAUUUCCACACACCCGUCCGACCAGCCGCAGCGAGAACCGUCUUCACAAGAGAUUGCCUCUGUGGACCUCGACGAGGAGGCAGACGUGUCAAAAUGGGACAUGUCCAGGAUCCUUGGUAACCACAGCAAUAGCCUGUCCUACCAAAAGAAAGGCAUGGUCCUACAAGAUGAAAUGUCACAAAAGAAACGAGGCAUGUUUAGAAUACGCAACUCGCGUCUAAUGCCUACAGGAUAUACACAAGACGAUCAUGAGCCUCACUAUCCUGGCAUCCAGCCACAAGUUUCAUCUGUGAUCCAUAACCAUCCAGGCAAUGCGUUAGCCGCCUAUGCUCCACCGUUCACAAGCUACACGUCACAUGUCAAGAAAAUGCGCCGCAUGCAGGAUUCGAACCGGCGUGGCCGACGGUCCCGGAAAAACCUCCGAUUAGAUUCUUCGUAG